AAUGUACUUAGUGCACCACCCAUUUUUCCACCUCAAGCGUUUUGACGGUGUCGGCGAAAGGAAAAGAUCCGAUCUGAAAGAUCGCGAUCAACACCGAUCCAGAUUGUAAUGGCGGCAUCGCGGCGCCUCCGAGAUCUCCAAGCGCAGCCUGGGAACAAGAUCUGCGUAGACUGUUCCCAGAAGAACCCUCAAUGGGCCUCCGUCUCCUACGGCGUCUUCAUGUGCUUAGAAUGCUCCGGAAAACAUCGCGGCCUCGGUGUCCACAUCAGUUUCGUCCGAUCCGUCACCAUGGACUCCUGGUCCGAAAUCCAGCUGAAGAAAAUGGAGCUCGGAGGCAACGAUAAUCUCAAUAAGUUCUUGACACAGUAUGGAAUCGCCAAGGAAACCGAUAUAAUUACGAAAUACAACACCAAUGCCGCUUCGAUUUAUCGCGAUCGAAUCCAAGCCCUAGCCGAGGGUCGAUCGUGGCGGGACCCACCGGUUGUAAAGGAAAACCUAGACGGAGCUGGAAAGAAUAAGAGUAGUUAUAAUAAUAAACCGCCGUUGAAUGGCGGUGGUGGUGGUAGGAAUGGUAAUAUUGGGGGAAAUGGAGGGUGGGAUAACUGGGAUAAUUAUGAUGAUGGUGGUUCUAGAUCGUCGGGAUCGGAUAUGAGGAGGAAUCAGACGGUGGGGGAUUUUAGGAGUGGUGGAGGUGGAGGGGUUGGUGGGCCGACGAGGUCGAGAUCGACGCAGGAUAUUUAUACGCGGGGGCAGUUAGAGGCAUCGGCCGCGAAUAAAGAGAGUUUUUUUGCAGGUAAAAUCGCGGAGAAUUCAUCGAGACCGGAGGGGAUUCCUCCGUCGCAAGGGGGAAAGUAUGUGGGAUUCGGAUCAAAUCCCGCGCCAAUGCCGAGGAAUGAUCCCCAAGGGGAUGUCCUUUCUACUGUUACUCAGGGAUUUGGCCGGUUGUCUAUGGUUGCUGCGUCGGCGGCCCAGUCGGCUGCUAAUGUUGUUCAGGCGGGGACAAAGGAGCUCACUUCCAAGGUGAGAGAGGGAGGAUAUGAUCACAAGAUGAAUGAAACCGUCAAUGUUGUCACCGCAAAAACGACAGAGAUUGGACAGAAGACAUGGGGGAUCAUGAAAGGGGUAAUGGCAUUGGCUUCACAGAAGGUUGAGGAGUACACAAAAGAGGGUGUCAGCUGGAAGAACGAUGGCUGGGAACGUAAUGAAAGCCAGGGUAAUGGUUACUACCAGGAGUUUGGACAGGAGUCAAAAGGAUGGAAUUCUACUGGCGGGCAGCCCUCAUCUGGUAGCCAUGUUAAUUCUGUCAGUUCAGGCUCUUGGGAUGAUUGGGAUAGUAAGGACAAUUCGAAGGAAGAAACAUCUAAGGGGAAAACAACCCAUAAUGGGGACAGCUGGGCAGGCUGGGAUGAUGGUAAAGAUGAUGGGUUCGAUAAUUUCUACCAGAGCGCACCUGAUAGCAAGGCAGUGGGUCACAAUGGGAAAUCAGAUGGUAAGUGGACUGAUGGAGGCUUUCUCUAAGGUCAGCCUGGUAUUCCCAACUCUUUUUUACCAAAAUUUUUCCCUUCAAAAUUGUUUUUGCCCCAAUGGAACUUGUCGUGAAGGGUUUGUGUGCUUGAAAAUAGUCUAUAUAUGUACAAUUAUCAACAGGGCGGGCUAAUUGUCCAACUAAAGAGGACUUCUGCUUGUGUUCUUGAUGAACAUUAUUUGUGGUUUACAUUGAUUUCUAAUGACUUUAAUUUGGUAAUUUGUCCUUUAUGUUUCAAGAAGGUUCACUUUUCAAUCUUUUUUUAAUCUCAUUGCUUCUCCCUUUUUCC